UAUAUAUAUACUACACAACCGUAUAUUCAUUUUCAUCAUUUCCAACUUCAGAUUCUCUUACAGUUGAAUCAAAACCAUUUUGCUUUGUAAGAAAAACACAACUUCUUCAUCAUCAUCAUCACCAUGAGUCACUUCAACAAUCACCAAGAAGCCCCUGCUGUAUCAUACCCUCCAGCUCCAUAUAUCAGUGCCCCACCACCUAUGGGUUACCCUUCGAAGGAUGGUCCUACAGCUGUAGGGUACCCCCAACAAAGAGUUCCAGAGGAAACCAAAAGCAGGGGUGAUGGGUUUUGGAAGGGAUGUUGUGCUGCUUUAUGUUGCUGCUGGGUCUUGGAUUGUUGCUUCUGAUUGAAUCAUUGAAUCAUAGCACAGAUUGUGUUUAUCAUCAUUUGUUUUGCUUCACAUUACUAGCUUCCUAUUGUAUUCUUUGUAGUUUGUAGAAGAAUAAGGAUCUUUGUCCUCUUGGACAGCGUGUAUUAUAUCCCUUUUGUGGAUGCUGUUUUUUAUUCCCUAUACUUUAUGAUGUAUUUAAUCAGUGUAUUAUUUGAUUUUUGUUAAUAAAAAAAGUUAUGAUAAGUUAGUUAUCGCGUUUGAGAA